CGGCCAGGGAUAAUAAAAUGAAAGAUGUUCCAUUGUUUUCCUUCUUUCCUCCUCACGUACAAAACAUAUUUGCAAGUAAGGCUUUUGGGUGCCAAAAAUGAGUUCCCAUCCAUCCUUCUCGAGCUGGCCACCUUUAAAUUCCCCUUUCUUGUUCGAGUCUUUUUGGGCGUACGCUGUCCCUUUUUGAACCUUGGGUCGCCCAAAAUCUCUUGCAUGGCAAAUGUCGCUUCCUUGGACGUCGCUAAUUCAUUUCUUUAAUAAAUCCUUUAAUGAAUUAAUUAAUUAACGAGAGAGGGCCCUGCGCUAAUGGCUGCCCUCAUCGCGUAGCAGGCCCUGCCCACCGCCGCCUCUCGCCGGCCGGAGUCCUCAGGUCCGGCGAUGGGCAAGGCGGCGCGCUGGAUCCGGGGCUUCCUAGGAGGCGGCGGUAAGAAGGAGCAGAGCAAGGACCAGAAGCCGAUACCUCCGCCAACCAAUGCCAAGCGGUGGAGUUUCGGCAAGUCGUCGCGGGACUCGGCGGAGGCCGCUGCCACCGCUGCGGCUACGUCGGCGCGCGGGGGCAACGUUGCGAUCGCGAGGGCGGCUGAGGCGGCCUGGCUCAGGUCGGUGUACGACGAGACGGAGCGGGAGCAGAGCAAGCACGCCAUCGCCGUGGCGGCCGCCACCCAAGCGGCGGCCGACGCAGCCGUGGCUGCGGCCCAUGCCGCCGUCGCUGUCGUGCGGCUCACCAACAAGGGCCGCGCCGCCCACGCCGGCGAGCACCGCGGACCGGCGGCCGCGGCGGUCCGGAUCCAGACGGCAUUCCGAGGCUUCUUGGCUAAGAAGGCGCUGCGUGCGCUCAAGGCGCUCGUGAAGCUGCAGGCGCUGGUGCGCGGCUACCUCGUGCGAAAGCAGGCGGCCGCCACGCUGCAGAGCAUGCAGGCGCUGGUGCGCGCGCAGGCCAGCAUGCGCGCCCACCGCGCCGUCGCCAGCGCCGCUCUCCCGCAGCUCCACCAUUCUUCUUUCCGGCCGCGCCGCUCCUUGCAGGAGCGGUACGCGGACGACACGCGGAGCGAGCACGGGGUGGCGGCGUACAGCCGGAGACUGUCGGCGAGUAUCGAGUCGUCGUCCUACGGGUACGACCGGAGCCCCAAGAUCGUGGAGAUGGACACCGGCAGGCCCAAAUCUCGGUCGUCGUCGCGCCGGGCGAGCUCCCCGCUGCUCGACCCGUGCGAGGAGUGGUGCGCCGCCGCCAACCCCAUGUCGUCGCCGCUGCUGCUGCCGUGCCACAUGCCAGGCGGCGCGCCGCCCCGCAUCGCCGUGCCGACCCCGCGCCACCUCCCGGAGUACGACUGGUGCGCGAUGGAGAAGGCCCGGCCGGCGACGGCGCAGUGCACGCCGCGGUACAUGAACGCGAACGCGCCGGCCACCCCGACCAAGAGCCUGUGCGGCGGCGGCUACUCGUCGUCGUCUCUGCUCAACUGCCCCAGCUACAUGUCCAGCACGCAGUCGUUCGAGGCAAAAGUGCGGUCGCACAGCGCGCCGAAGCAGCGGCCGGAGCCCCCCACGAACAGGAAGCGGGUGCCGCUGAGCGAGGUGGUGGUGGUGGAGUCCCGGGCCAGCCUGAGCGGGGUCGGAAUGCAGCGGUCGUGCAACCGGGUGGAGGAGGCGUUCAACUUCAAGACGGCCGUUGUCGGCCGCCUCGACCGCCCGUCGACGGGGGCCGUCGAGAAUGACCGGCAAGCGUUCUUGCAGAGGAGGUGGUGAUCUGCUCUGCUCUGUUCUAGCUACUUCACACGGUUCAUGGCAGUGAGACGACGAGAGCUCUGCGUAGUAAUUAGCAAUAAGAAUGCGUUUUGAGGUGUUCUUGGGAGCUCUCGUCCCUGCUUUCUUUUUGUUCUUGCAUUCAUCGUUGUGAUCAAUCAUGUGAUUUGUGUUCCUUUUUCUUUCUAUUUUUUGGUUAUGUGUUUGCUGGUCGCAAACAAGUGUGGUAGGAGAAUUUGAUUCAUAGCGCACUUUGAUGUAAAUUCUUUCUCAAUCCC